AUGCAUUUCCAGGAGCCAUCCUCCAAUGGCCACACCGUCACCCUGCCAGCCUCCAAGGUGGCAAACCUCCCCCAUGCCACAGCCGUGCCUGUGAAGGGUGCGACCAAGACUCAAUCCAUCGAGGAGAUGGCAGGCAAGUGGAGCGACUUCAGCUUCGCUCCAAUCCGUGAGAGCCAGGUCUCGCGUGCCAUGACCAGGCGCUACUUCACAGACUUGGACUCAUACGCCGAGAGCGAUAUUGUCAUUGUCGGCGCUGGAAGCUGCGGUCUCUCUUCCGCAUACUGCCUCGCCAAAGCUCGACCAGACCUGAAGAUCGCCAUCGUCGAGGCUGGUGUUGCCCCAGGAGGUGGUGCCUGGCUCGGCGGCCAGCUCUUCAGCGCAAUGGUCAUGCGCAAGCCAGCCGAUGCCUUCCUGCGUGAGCUCGGUGUCCCAUACGAGGACGACGGUGCCGAGUCCAACUUCGUCGUGGUCAAGCACGCCGCGCUGUUCACCAGCACCGUGCUGUCCAAGGUGUUGCAGUUCCCCAACGUGAAGCUCUUCAACGCCACCGCCGUCGAGGACCUGAUCACCCGCACCGACGGCAACGGCGGCAUCCGCAUCGCAGGCGUGGUCACCAACUGGACGCUCGUGAGCAUGCACCACGACGACCAGAGCUGCAUGGACCCCAACACCAUCAACGCCCCUAUCAUCAUCUCCACCACCGGCCACGACGGCCCCUUCGGCGCCUUCUCCGCCAAACGCCUCGUCUCCAUGGGCGGCCUCCCCGCCCUCGGCGGCAUGCGCGGCCUCGACAUGAACACGGCCGAAGACGCCAUCGUCAAGGGCACCCGCGAGAUCGCGCCCGGCCUCAUCAUCGGCGGCAUGGAGCUUUCCGAAGUCGACGGCGCCAACCGCAUGGGCCCGACCUUUGGAGCCAUGGCUCUCUCCGGCGUCAAGGCCGCCGAGGAGGCUCUCAAGCUCUUUGAGACGAGGAAGGCUGAGUGUGCGGAGGGUGGCAAGUUUUAG